AUGGCGGAUGGCGGAGAGGAGAGAUGGCGUGAGGUUUGGGAUCCAAAUGGCGCUGCCCGCCAGCCGCUUUCCCGCCAAGGGCACACGGACCGCGAAUGUGAGCAUUCCUGUUUCGCAGGGUACUGCCAGAAUGUGGAAACGCGGAAUUGUAGACGCAGCGGACCCAUAUUCUUCUGCAGCAUGGAUUCAAGAAGAAAGUUCACAGCUAUGUUCAAGCUGAGAGUGAUUGAAUAUGCAGAACAGACUAACAAAUCCUGUGCAGCAGCAAGGAAUUGGCUCACAUGCAUACGUAGCCUACAUGGAGAUCUUACACUCAGGAUGAAGGCGUUCGAUCUCGGGGAGCGACCCCUGAGCAGCGAGGUGGUGGUGGUGGUGUACGUGGCGGACGUCAAUGACCACGCGCCGCAGUUUGACCGACCACUCUACCGGAAGGCCAUACCCGAGGACACGCCCCCCGGCACCUCCGUUACACAGGUAUUUGCAAGUGACCAGGAUGGAUCAUCCGUGAACAAGAAGGUGGUUUUCCGUAUUCAGCAUGGAGCACAAGAUAAAUUUGUAAUGGAAGCAAACACUGGAGUGAUCUCUGUGGCUCAGGGAGCUCUUCUUGACCCUGACAGGACUGAGCCCAGGGCCACAACUUAUAUCUUAGAAGUAAUUGCCUUAGAUGGUGGAAUAGGUAUUGCUCAGCUCCAGGCCAGGACAGUUGUCAACAUUACAAUUCUUGAUGUAAAUAACAAGCCUCCCAUUUUUAAAGACCCUGGAACUGUCAGGGUAUUUGAGAAUGAAGACAUUGGGUCGUAUGUUCAUCAAGUGGAGGCUGUGGACUUGGAUGCUCGACCUCGUCUCCGUUACUCGAUUGAUGCUGACAAUUCUGAAGCUAGAAAUGAAGAGGGUGCUAUUGUUAAGCCAUCAGAGUACAACUUUGCAAGUGCCUUUGAGAUUAGUGAAGUGGAAGGCGUGGUCCGAACAGUAAGUCAACUGGACCGAGAGCAAGUUGAAGUGAUCCGACUUGCCUUUGUGAAGGAGGAUAUAGAAGCUGCAACAGAGAAGCAAACAUCAACUGCAACAUUAACCAUCAUUGUGGAAGACACCAAUGACAAUGAUCCUCACUUCCGUAAAUCAUUCUAUAGGAGGAGCGUUGCAGAAAAUGCGAAGAAAGGGACAACAAUUGUGACUGUUGUGGCAGACGAUGUGGAUAAAAAUCGUACCAUCUCAUAUUCUUUACAAGGACAACCUGAGAUACUGUCUCUUGUGAAGCUUGACCGUGAGACCGGCGAGAUUGUUGUUGCUGAUCGUGUUGAUCGUGAAGAGUUCUCUUGGCUGAAUUUUACUGUUCAAGCGUCAGACUCUGGUGUACCUCCUCGCUCAAACCUUGUACAUGUAGUAGUUCAGGUAAUUGAUGAGAAUGACAACAAUCCAGUUUUUGUGAAUCCUCCAACUAAUUUAACCAUCAGAGAAGAUGCACCACCUGGUACUCAAGUAGCAAUUGUCACAGCUGUUGACCCAGAUUAUGAUGAUUAUGGACUUGUAACAUACCUUCUUGAUAGAAAAUCCUCACAUGGCAAAUUUAAGAUUAAUCCAGAUACUGGUGUUAUCACAGUGGCUUCUGCACUAAAUCGUGAGGAACUUAGUACCAUGAACCUUCUCAUUGAAGCUUGGGAUAAUUACCAGUUUGGAUACUCUACUGGCGAGUCCAGAAAUGCCUUCAUGCAGAUAGGUGUAACAAUUGCAGACAUAAAUGAUGAAGCCCCAGUUUUUGAAGAACGUGAUGGCUGCACAAUGAUCACAGAGUUCCAUGAACCUAGAGAUACAGUAACUGUUGUAAGAGCUUCUGAUGGUGAUGAUCCAGCCUCACCAAAUGGCAGAAUUCUCUUUACUAUUGAGGGUGGUAAUGAGAAAGGAUUAUUUGAUAUUCGUAUGAUAGAACAAACUGCUGCUCAAAUAUUUGCUGCCAAGCCCUUGGUAGGGCAAUAUGGGAACUACUCCUUGAUCGUACAGGCACAAGACAGAGGAUUUCCACCUAAUUCUGUUAUGUCACAGAUCAAUGUAUGUGUGUCAGAUUUUAAUGACCAUGCCCCUCAGUUUGUGUCACCAUCAGUAAAUCUGACAAUAAGAGUACCAGAGAAUGCCACUGUAGGGAGUCUGGUGAUCCAGGUGCGGGCCACAGAUGAAGAUAUAGGGAUAAAUGGAGCUGUACGCUAUAGAAUCUUAAAGGAUGGAUUGGGUAACUGGCAGACAUUUGCCAUUGAUGAGGACACAGGAGCAAUACUCUUACAAAAACAACUUGAUCGGGAGAGACAGAAAAUUUAUGAGAUCCGUGUUGAAGCAUAUGAUCAAGGAGUUCCUACACCACUUUCCAGUGAUCUUGACCUGACCAUAUAUGUAAGAAAUGUAAAUGACUAUGAGCCUCAGUUCUUACAGGAUGAGGUUACUGUAAAUUUUACAGAACACAAGGCACCAGGUGCAGAAAGGGCAAAACUAAUAACAACAGUAGACUUAGAUGUAGCUGACGAUGAUAAAACUGCCCAUGUAUGUUACUUCAUUGUUGGUGGAGAUGAAUAUGGAACUUUCAAUCUUGAUAGUUUUUCUCAUGAAAUUAUGACACUGAAGGAGUUGGACCGUGAGCUGGAGGACCACUACAUACUACUUAUCAAGGCUACUGAGGACUGUCUCACUUUACCUGAGCCAGUUGUUUUCUUUGACCCCACGGAUGACACACUUUUGAAAGUCCAUAUCUUUGUUAAUGACAUCAAUGACAACGCUCCCAAGUUCACUCGUGAGGUGUUCACUGGAGGCAUAACCACUGCUUCAGACUUUGGUCUUGAGGUCAUGAGAUUAACAGCCAUUGAUCCAGAUGCAGGAGAAAACAGCCGUCUGAGAUACUACAUGGAUGGUCGUGUUCAGGAGACCCUUUCAGAAAAUUUGGACAACAUACGCAGAUCUCCAUUCAUUGUUGAUCCUGUUUCUGGGAUUGUGAAGUUAAAUUUUGAUCCUCAGAAAGGAAUGAAAGGAUACUUUGAUUUUAAGGUUUAUGUUAAUGAUUCAAGUGGCUGGAGUGAUCGAGCCCGAGUCUUCAUAUAUCUUCUCCGUGAGGACCAAAGAGUGAGGUUCAUCCUCAGGCAGUCACCUGACGAGGUACGAGAACAAGUCGAAUACUUCCGAGACUACCUUGGGAAUGUUACUGGAGCCAUCGUAAAUGUGGAUGAUUUUCGAGUUCAUGAAAAUCAUGAUGGAACUGUGGAUAAAACAAAAACUGAUUUGUACCUGCACCUGGUGGACCGAAAUGAUAAUUCUGUUCUAGAAGUAAAACAAGUGUUGGCAAUGAUUGACAAAAAUGUUGAGUAUUUGGACCACCUCUUCAAGGAAUUAAAUGUGUUGGACACUCAGCGUGCAGAGUUGAUCACUGCUGGUACAGCAGAGGAGGACCUUCUCUUUUUGUGGCUGGUUGGUGUGAUUGUCUUCCUGACUCUUCUUUUGGUCCUCACUGUGGCCCUGUGCUUGUCACAAAGAGCACGCUACUCCAGGCAGCUCAAAGCUGCCACAGCCACUGCAUUUGGUGAAUGUUCACAUGACCCAGGCCUGAAUCGUUCAUCAACAGUCCCAAACACAAAUAUUCACAGUGUUGAAGGAAGUAAUCCAAUUUGGAUGUCUGGAUUUGACAAUGAGUGGUACAAAGAUGAGGAUUCACUUAGGUAUCAACAAUUUGUCCAUCAGAGUGAAGGGAACGAUAGUUUAGAUGAUAAUGCAGUAGACACCUCCCUCUCCCCACGAGGCGACAGGGACAUGCCCUACAUCACCCAAACAAAUGUUCCCAAUCCUUUGUCAAGGGAAUCCAGUACGGUGGGUUCCAAUACCCAACUGAUGAACCACGAACAGCAGAAUAUCAAUGACACUUACCGAGCUAAUUUGUACCAGACUUUUCACAAGAUUGCCAACCCACUUGUUGAUAAAAAACUUGAGACUACUGAACUUUGACAUUUGAAUAUAGAAAUAAAGUAUGAGAGUAACUGUUAACUUUGAACACAUAAAAGUCAAAGUCCUCAGGUGAUAACAAAAAUCUCCAACCAGUAUGCCAGAAGUUUAUGUGAAUGUACAUAGACAAUGGUACAAGUUGCCAGUGUGAUAAUUGAAGUAUCUAGUUGCUUACCUUACUCACAAAACUGUGGGUGGUAAUUUGUGAUAAUUUAAUUCAGAAUUAAUGUCAAGCCUCUUGGACAUUUUUAAUGAGCAAGGGAAGUGAUCAGUAAGUUCAUUACCUGUGGCAUUGAAGUCCAUUUAAACCGAACUGUGAAAACUGUUGCUUGAAAAGAAAAUGUAUGUAUUGUAUGUAGAUAUACCUGAAUUUUAUCAAGCCCAUUGGAAUUUUAAUCAUUUUUUUUAAGGGUGUUACCUUAAGAGUGCAAAGAAUCAAUUUGACCCAGUGAAUAGAUGCUGUAUGGCAGUUCACUGCUAAAGAGUCGAGCUGGUCACUACUGCAGUUGCCCUUGUCAUCUUGAAACCAAAUAUUCAUGAUUACUUUGUGCAGUAUUUCCAUACCUGUUGGUUAAGUCACUCAUUUUAAGUUGCAUACACUGUACACCCAAUUUUCUACAUUGUAUCCAUAAGUCAGCUCUUCCAAAUUUAUUCAUGUUCUGUACUACUCAGUUUUACUGAUCUUUGCUGAUAUGUUUUUCUUUAUCAGUUGAAGUUUACAGUAAAUAUUUAUAAUAUUAGUGUUUGGCAUGUUUUGAAAACAUUUAGUAUCAAGUGCCUAAAUAUUUUUGUGAUAGAAAAUUGCAAAUUUCUUAUUUUAAAUGAAACAGUUCACAACUUUAUCAUACAACGAUUUACAGCAAUUACUCAAAAUAAUGAGUGAAUUGCUCCACCUUGUAGAUAUUUGUUCAUAAAAUUACAUUAGUUAAGAAACGCAUUGACAGUGUGUGAUUAGUCAUGUUUAAUAUUUUAAUUACAGUAUUUGAUACAACGAAUAUAUUUUAAAAUAGCAUGGUGACACCAAUAAAGUCAUUGUACAUAUUGUUA